AAUUUCUCCAUCGCCCUCUCCUAUCUAUUACUUCUGCAUAAACCCUCCACAUUUAUGAUAAAACUUCAACAACUUCUCUCUCUCUCUCUCUCUAAAUUUGCAAUUAGAGAAAAUGGAGAAGACGGCGAAUUCGACGACGAGUCUUAUCCGGACGAAAUCGGACCAGCUGGUGGAGACGAUCGCGGCGGCGCUGGGCGCGAUGAAGUCUCCGGCGUCGUCUGGCGACGCGGCGGCCAACAGCAGCGGUAAUUUGUCGCGGAUAUCGAGCCGGCGGCUGACGGAGGCGUCGCCGGGGAGGAACACGCACAUUCGGAAGUCGAGGAGCGCUCAGCUGAAAUUCGACGUCGAAGAUUUGAGCGGCGGCGCCGCCUUGAGCCUCGCCUCCAGCGCUAGCCUAGGCUUUUCGUUUAGCGGAUUUGCUAGCUUCACUGUUCCCGCCGAUGAUUUCGCCGAUUCGAAGCCGUUUAGCGAUGACGAGAUCGAUUAUGAAAAGGGUGGUUGAAGACUAAAAGCAAGGCCUCUUCAUGUGAUAUUCUCUCUCUAGAUACAUAUGCAUGCAUGUGUAAAAAUAGAUGCGAGGUUAUAAGGGGCGGAUGCAGAAAAAUAUAUUGUUCGGGAUUUAUUGAGUCUAUUUUCCUAUAGUCGAAUACUGUAUGUUUAUUAAAAAUAAUAAUAUAUUGUACAAAAAAAUCAAGCCAAUAAUAUUAAUACUAAUAAUACGGCCCAUGAGAGUUGAUGUGUUUCUUUGGACAUAGAAUUAAAGAAUAAAUAUUUAGUGAAUUAAAUGAAGUGGGAAUUAAGGAGAUAAUGAGACGACUGGAAAAGGAAUUCGAUUCGCUGGAACGAGGGAGUAAAUUUUAAAACUAAAAACUCUUUGUUUUUUCUCGAAUUUCAGUUCUUCUUGGUUCUCCAACCUUUGACAAUUGGUCUUCAUCUACGUUACUUUAGUAAGGACUACAAAAGAUUUUGGAUAAUUUAGACAAAAUUAACAAUGAAAAAGAGCAAAAAUUAUAUGGUACCAUAUUCCAAAGUAGAUGAAAACACAUGCAUGAAUCGUGAAUCUAGCCAAACCACUUGAUCACGUUAAAUUUAAUUUUUUUAGAGUCACAAGAACUUGCAUGAAAAUGAAAAUAUUUUAUUCUGUCACCCCACACCAAAUUUCGGCAGUUUCGAUGAUUCUAAAUGACAUUUUAUCUUCAAAUUUAUAUCACUUUCUGCAAAUAAGUCAUGAAAGACGAUGAUGGGAGGAAAAUUCUAAAUGAUGAAACAUGUAUGUUCGUUUGAUAAAAGGUGAUAUAUAGACUAUAGUAGACCAGCAGUCCUAGUCAGAGUGUGUGUGUGUGUGUGUGUGUGACAAUUAUUUUAGAAGAAGCUCAGAUUUUGAUUAUGAAAUUCAAGAAAAUUAGGUAAUUGAGAUUUGGGUGCGGGACACAAAAUUCUCCACCAAAAGAAAUAAUUGUAGCUCAUCCUAUUUAUCUCACUACAAUUGUAAGGUCAAGAAUAGUUUGGCGACAUAAUGGGGUCCCUUUGCUUUGCCAAGGACAUUCGUACAUUUUCAUCUUAGGGAUUCAUGAUUAAAUUAAAAUCUUCUUCCUUUAAAUCAUUUACGUCAAACUUAAACCCAUUCUGAGUAUUUAUCAUGUUAGAAAAUGAUUUUACUCCAACCAAUUAUAUGAAAUAAAUUCUACAUUAUUUCUUAGUAUAUGGCUCGUAAAUUUGCAGUAGCUACAAUAUAAACUGAUAUUUGGUGUUAUUCCAUAGAAAAAGCAAAAAUAAAUUUGGAUUUACAGUUAUAUUGUAAAAGUUUUCUACACCAAAAUGAGAUUUAGUUAUAACUGUAGAUGAUCUAAGUAGAUCGGCUCUUUCAAAGGUAACGAGCUGUGAAUCAUUAAUUUUGUCCAAAACUACCAAAAAAUAAGUAUAAAAGUGGAAAACCAGCUAAAGAUCGACAGUUUUUAGCCGAAACCGUUAAAAUUCCUUCCACUAGGACAUCCCAAAAACACCUCCUGCCACGUCACUAGGACUUCCCAUCCCACUGCCACGUCACUAGGACAU